CCUCUAUAUUCAUAGAUUAUGAGUAAAUCAUGAUUGUGGAUUUCUAAUCACUAUUAACACAGGAAAUUUCACAUGCACGGCACACCACAACUCCCACACAAAAAACACACGUCUUCACACAUAGAAUAAGACGAAGGUCGCGUCAACAUUGUUUUUUAGUAACGUGCCAUAUGUAUCUCUAGAGAACAUGUUUUAUCUCUAAGCAAACUGUAUAUUGACAUUGGAAACACAUCUUCCAAUCUGAGCAUAUGCGCAUACAGCCUACAAAGCCAGGAAUGCCAAGAGCUACAAUAGAUAACAGUAAGUGUUUUUAUGCAAUAAUUCAUCCUGUGAGUUUAAUUCAGUUAUUUUAAUACAGUAAAACUUAAUAUGACUGCAUUUUCACAAUGACACUGUUAAUAUGUUGCAGGUGCAUAUUUGCUUAAAAUAUUUAUUAAUCGUGCCUGAGUAAUUUUGUAGAUAUUUUUAGCUUUGUGUAAUUUCCAGUGUCUGUGCAUAAAUCCAUAUUCAGACAUGGUCAAUUCCUAAUAAUGGGCAGUUUACCGAGCAGUUACAGACGUCGAUUUGCUCCUAACAGCCAGGAGCAUCAAGUAUUGUCAGAUGAAGCUGCAGAAAAUGACAUGUACACAGCAGUGGCUUUAUGCAACAUUCCACCAGACAGGAACUCUGAAGAAACAAUAUAUAUUGGAGAGAGACUAAACAUUAUAUCAGAAGAAGGUGACAAGUUGAGGGUUAGCACCACAUCAACUGGCAUUGAGAGUUUUGUUCUUCGCAACUGUGUUUCUAAAGUAUAUAAUCGAUGGCUGUUUGAAGGGAUCACCAGGAGAAAUGCUGAAGACCUUCUAAUGUUGCCCCAAAACCACACAGGAUCUUUUUUAAUUCGUAAAAGUCAGACAUGUCCUGGUUCCUACUCACUUUCAAUUCGACAAAAUGGUGGUAAUAGAGGCAACAUAAAGCACUACAGAAUCCUACAGCUCCACAAUGGCUGGUUCUGCAUCCAUCCACAUCAUCCCUUCUCCACACUAAACCAGCUGGUAGACUAUUAUUCACGUACUGCUAAUGGUACAUUAUGCCGGCUGACUGAACCUUGCUUAUUUAGUGACAUGAACACACCUCCAGAGGCUAUAUCUUCACCUAUAGUAAUCCAGAGGCCUAAUCUUAACUGGAGAGAAGUCACUAGGUCAAUGAUCCAAAGGCAACCAAAGAGGGCACAAGAGGAGAGUCUGGUCAGCGAAGGACUGCGAGAGACUGUUAAUGCAUAUAUUUAUUUCACAGAGGAAUCAUGCUGUGAGGACUGAAUGAUCUCAAACACAGAGCAGGCUUGUAAAAUAGAAGAAGAUAAGUAGCCUAUUAGACCUUAUGGGUUUAUUUCAUUCUUAGUCAUCCUCCAAGAGGAUCAUAGUGUUAUGUCUCAUGUUACAAGAACACCAAACUGUUGCUUAUUAAUAAACUAUGUGUUACGGCAGGUGAGACAAAGCAAAGUCUUGUUUUGCAAUCUUUGUUUUAUUAAUUCUGUUUACCUGUUAUAGAGACCGUUUCAUUAGACACGCGGGAGCGUGACCCUCAGUUUACUUCCGGUUUGUGUUUUGUUAGUGUCUAAUAAUAUAACUAUUUAUAUUUAAUUAAAUAUAUGGUCAUAUUUUUUAAAAAUAUAAAUAUUUAUUAAAUAAACGAUUUGUUGAAAUUUGUUAUAAAAUGAUUUUAUUGAAUAAACAAUUUGUUAAAUGGAACACAAACCGUAUGGUACGUUGACAUCUAGCGGUCGAGCUUGGUAUCGCAGACUAAAUUAAAUUUUAUUGAUAGACGAGUUUAGCCAAGUAACUGUUCUUCUCGGCUUCCAUUGAUUGUUUUUAGAAAUAAUCUACAGGCACUCUACUGUUUGUGAAUGUGUACCGGAAGUUAAGGUAGGGGUGGGGGGGGGGGUCACAAAAGUGCCUAGGCGCAGUAACGUUAGUUUAUGUUAUAAUUCUGAAUAUUAUUAGUAUAUGAGGACUUGACAAGGUGAAUGUAACCAGUCGUGUUAUCAAUAUUACCAUUCACAAACUCAUAUUACAAUAUUUGUGGUUUUAUAUUAAUUGUACAGUUGUUCUACACUGUGAA